AUGAAACUUUUUGCCAUCAUCGCUUCCUUCGCUUCUGCUCAAACAAUCAGCAAGUGCUUUGAGUGCUACGGAGCAACUGUUGCGGACUGUGUUGCCUCCGGCGUUGAGGUCGACUGCCAGGCUAAUCAAGGAUCAUGCCAGCUGGAAGAACGACGACGAGGUGGUGCGAUUGAGUCCGUCUCCAUGAGAUGCAAGCAAAAGCGAGCAUGCAAGAACAACAUGAAGCAAAACUCAUAUGGCCAGUGCACUACUGCUCUUACAGACGCUAACGGCGCUGAACUCUCUUCCGUUUGCCGCCAAUGCUUCCCAACUGCUGAUCCCAACGACGGCAAAGACUGGCUCGAAAGUCUCGAAGCUGCAGCUCGACCCGUCUCUGACUGGACCACUGAUAUGUUCUAA